GUGUAUAAUCAAACGGCCGCCAUUGAAAAACUUAGUGGUUAACGUAGUGAGGUCUCCGGUGACAGAAUGGUGAUCUGCAACAAGCACAGAUAAACCAUUUGAUAUAUCAAAGAUGACAAGUCAAGAAACUCAUAAAGGUCAACAAUAUUCUAAACCGAGAAUGCUUAGUCGGGGUAGAGGUGCUGCCUCUACAAUAAGAAUAACAAAUGUCAAAUCCAUUAAGCCACCAGACAAUGAUACCAUCAAGAAACAGGAAGAGGAGAAAUUGAGAGCUCAAUUACAAAAAGAAAUAAUGUCACGGUCUCGUUCAUGUGCAUAUCGAGGCUACGUCUGCCAACUCGCAGUGCUAAGUGGUCGACAGCAUUGUGCGAAGCACAUCUUACAUGAGCCAGGCGCUCCAUACAAACAGUGUGUCCAUACUUAUGCUGGAGGACAGCGAUGCAACAAGCCAGCUCCUAUACCACCUGCUAACACACAGUCUAGGGAUGCAGGUUUAUGUUUCGACCACGCGCGCGCUGCGUUGCUGAGCCGGCAGCGCAGCGCCGCGCCGCCGCCGCCAGUCACCACCACGGAGUCUCUCCUCAACCAACUCCAGCAUUAUAUACGUCCGGAGCGCACACGUACGACGUCGUGUGCGUCCUCUGUGUCAGUGGUGAGCGAGCCCGGGGAGCCAGACCUUAUAGCGCCCCAUGCUAUCGACCCCUUCAAGCAAAUAGACGCGACUGCGGUGAACGCGUCAUACUCCUCGUCAAUAAUGGAGUGCGCCAGCGCCAGCGACAGCGACGGCGACAGCGUCACCCUCGAUAACCAGAAGAAAACAUUGGGUCAAAAAUAUUCAACCAUUAAGCUAAAAGUUCACCAGUUUAUGCUACAAAUCCUAACAAACAUACAUCUAAACUUUCGCAUUUAUAAUAUUAGUAAGAUUUGUACGGAAUGUUGGUAUCGUAGUUAUUUCCGGUGUGUCAGUAUUGUGUAUGUUGCAGGCAGCAUCAGCGCGCAGGCGCGCGUGGCGACGAGCGCGCGCGAGCGGCGGCAGCUGCGCCAGCUGAAGGCGUACGCGGGCUACCACUGCCAGCACGGCGUGCACGCGGUGCUCGCCAGGAAACUACACAGGAAACGGGCCAAGGUGAAGGAGGGUGCGUGGGCGCGGGCGGGGGGCGGCGUGCCGGCGGCGGCGCGCUGCACCUUCAGCGAGGGCGGCGUGCGCUGCGCCUCCGCCGCGCUGCCCGCCGCGCGCCACUGCCUGCGCCACGUGCUGCACGACUCGCACCAGGUGACACGCUCAAUAUACCUUACCCCUCUCGCGAUUCAGCCUAUAUGACCCGAGGGUCGGUAGGGCCAAGGGUGGUGGUGGCCAUAAAUAUACCUUUCCAUCUUCCCCCUUAUCCUACUUCGGUAAGGUCGGCGCAACAGGUCUUCUUCCAAAUCACUAACAUACGUCAUCUGUCAUCAUGUCACCUUUCACGCAAUACAUCUGUAAUGAAACCCCAUAUUGCAUAAAAUUUAUUUUAUUAUACAAUAGCUGUUUCAGUGGGGCUUUAUCCGCAUGAAAUGUCAAAA